ACGGCGGGCAGCGGCGGCGGCAUGGCGAGCUGCCGGCGGCUGAGCGGCGCGGGGCUGCGGGAGGUGCUAGGCCCGGCGCAGGGGCUGCUCUUCGACUGCGACGGUGUCCUGUGGGCGGGCGAGCGCGCCGUCCCCGGUGCCCCCGAGCUGCUGGAGCGGCUGCGGCGCAGCGGCAAGACUGCCUUCUUCGUCAGCAACAACAGCCGCCGCUCCGUGGCCGAGCUGGAGCGACGCUUCAGCCGCCUCGGCUUCCGCGGCGUCCGCGCCGAGCACGUCUUCAGCUCCGCGCUGUGCUCCGCGCUCUUCCUCCGCCAGCGCCUGCUCGGCGGCGGCGGCGGCGGCGGCGGCGCGGGAGGGAACGGGAGCGGGGGCGGCCGCGUCUUCGUGCUGGGCGGCGAGGGGCUGCGCGGCGAGGUGCGCGACGCCGGGUUGCGCCUGGCGGGCGAGGGCGAGCCGCUGCCCGGCGCCGCCGAGCCCGUGCGGGCCGUCCUGGUGGGCUACGACGACCAGUUCACCUUCGCCAAGCUGGCGCAGGCCUGCGGCUACCUGCGCGACCCGCAGUGUCUCCUGGUGGCCACCGACCCUGACCCCUGGCACCCGCUCAGCGAUGGCCAGCGCACCCCCGGAACCGGCAGCCUCACAGCAGCAGUGGAGACGGCUUCGGGCCGCAAGGCGCUGGUGGUGGGCAAACCCAACACCUACAUGUUCGACUGCAUCGUGGAGCGCUUCGGCGUUGACCCGUCCCGCACCCUGAUGGUGGGAGACCGUCUGGAGACGGAUAUCCUCUUCGGCAAGAACUGCGGGCUCUCCACCAUCCUCACCUUGACGGGUGUCUCCCGUCUGGAAGAGGCGCAGGCCUACAUGGCCAGCGACAGUGCCGCUGCCAAGGAUCUGGUGCCCAAUUACUAUGUGGACAGCAUUGCAGACUUGAUACCGGGGCUGGAUGAGUAGUGGUCUGUACACGUUAGGGCAGAGGGGUCAGGUUUCCCCAUCCCAGAUCUCCAUCUGUUCCCGUUUCUCUCUCGCUGCCCUGUUCCCUCAGUUCCCGCUUUCUUCAUGUUCCAACACCCUUCUUUGGGGGCAAAAUGGAGAGGGGGGUUGUUGGUAGGAGAGAGCAGGGUUCAGGUUGUCUCCUUUCAGCUGAGAGCUAACCAUGGUGGACAGAGUCCUUCCCACCUUCAUACGCCAGCGUCUCUGGGAGAGAGCUGGAGGCCUUGAGGCUGGCGGAGGGGGAGUCAAAUCAGUGUGUCCAUGUGGCCUCUCCUCCUGCAGAGGUUAAGGGACUGGCUGUUUUAUUAUCACUUUUCUCUUAGAUAACCAGUGGCGGCCUUUUACUGCUGUCCCUUCACUUCCAUAACUCUGAGCUGCAUCCCUGCAGUCCUUGUUGGUAACCCCUUCCUUGCCAGAGGACCAGUUGGCAUUGUCACCCGCCUGGUCCCCAUGAGUGCCAGGGCACGUGGAAGGAGCCUGCUGGGGUGAUGAACAACAGAGUCUGUGCCUCCCAAGAGUGAAAGGGAGGCUCAUCUCUUCCUCCUUUCCUUAGAGAAGUUCCCCUACCACCACCCUCUGUCCUAACUCAAUAACUCUGCCAGUGUCCGUCUGAGUGACUAUGGAAAGGGAAGAGACUGGUUUGAGGAUCGGGGGGUUUCUUUUGUGCCAAAUAGAUGAGCUGUGGCUGUGCACAGGAAGUCUGCGGUUGUACCUUGUUUUCAAGCACCCUUUCUGAAAGGGCUUGCUAAGGAGAGAGGGCUCCUGGACCACAACAGCGCAGCAGUAGUGCACUGUAUGACUCUUCCUCAGCUCCCCUUCCUCCCUGGUUGGAUUUUGCCAUAGUACAGUGAGAGAAAAGGGCUGAUGGGGGUCUGUGCUUCAGCUGCUGGUGUGCAGGUGAGAUGGUGGUAGUGUUGUCACCGCUGUGAAUGUGUCACAGCCCUCAAAAAUCAUUCCUUGCUGCUUUGUCUAUGUUUUGGGAUUGUUUUUCUAAUUUCUUGAUCUUAUUUAUGAAAUUUAUUUAUUGUUCAGAUACUGUAUGAUUUGUAUAAACUAUGCUGACUGGUUGCACCAAGGAGACGGGAGGGCAGUGCCUUUGGGCCUCCCGUGCUGUCCGUGUCCCAUGUUGAUGUUCUUACACUCACCGUGUCUCUGUAUAUAAUAAAGUGUGAGCGUAGGCUGGAA